AUGAACAAGAAGAGGCUCUCGACCGAGGACAAGAUCCACAUCGUGUCGCUCUUCUACGGGUCCUCGCGAGACCGCGCGACGCGGGUGAGCCAGAGCCACAUCGCCAAGAUGUACGGGAAGAGCCGGGCGGCGAUCAGCAAGAUCCUGAGGGCGGAGCAGGUAGAGGCGCUGCUGGAGAAGACGCUUGAGGACCCAAUGGAGGUUGCUGUCGACUCAGACCAGGGACAGGAAAGGUCAUCGAUAGGAUAG